UUGCUAUCUAAUGGAGAUCGACCACGGUUUACGCAACACUAGCAUCCUCUCCGAGUCCUACAUGCGAGGGAUUGAACGAAUCACGGGGAAUGAAAACAAACAACGAGAUGGGUUUGAAAUACCAGAAGUCAUACAGACACGAAAACAGGAGUGGGCAAUGCUAUUUGAAAAAUUCUCUCAGGUCUCCGACGAUUUGGAAUUGUACAUCAGCAAUCUAAAGCCAGACACCGUGUCAAGUGGAUCGUCCGAAUACCGGGUUCCAGUUCGUAAAUCUGCAGCGGAAGUUCAGUACUGGGUUAAUACAGGGAAUCCUCCAUGUCAGGCUUUUGAAGCUUUAAUAAGCGAUUCAGAUGUAACUAUUUCGAUCAGCGAAAGUGAAGGCUCAGACUUGGAUGAAUCCCAGUUAUCAACUCCAACAUCACUGGUUGUUACUAACAAAUUUGCUAGCAGCAGGGAGCAGAUACUUGGUACAUGCUCAUCAGGCAGCUCGGUUGAUACUACAGCUUACAUACUGACAAAUGCAACCCCGACAAGGAUGGCCAAUCUUCCCUUCGAUAAGGAUCCUUGCAUUUCAAAUGUAAUUAACACAAACAAUAAUCGUAUUGGUCAAUCGGUUAAGAAGAAAAUCCCAAAGGUUGUGCUGACAAGGUUGACGGGGUUUCCUAAAAAGGCGUCAAUCUUAGUGAAUAAUGCAAAAUUGGAGAAAAAUAUGCUUCUGGAUUUGAAUAGCAUUAGCAAAAGAGGAUCUUGCGAACCUGAUAAAAUAAGUUCAACAGGUGAUAUGACAUUGGCUGAAUGCCCAGAGCCUAUUGACAAUCAGUGCAAUUUCGAUGAGCGUAAAGACUCUGAAGUUACUUUGAAGUCUAAGAAAUCUGGCGUUGAUAGUCUUUCGAUUGAAAUCGAUAAGACGGAAGGAAAAAAUAAUAUGGGAAUGUCAUCUGAUUCUUCAAACGUAAUUGUACCUAUUCGUCAAAAAAGAAAUGCAAACCGGCGGAAAUUAUUCUCAGUCAACCAUAAUAUUUCUGAUGAACUUACACCGAUGAUCAAAAUGUAUAAGAAUAGGAGGUCUGGUCGAAAUAGUAUUCAUCCAGCACUAGUAGACAGUCCUUCAAUGCAUCAACCUAGGAAAUCUGUAUUCAGACCACAGUUGUUCAAUUUGACUAGGCGUUCGAAAAUACGAAGGUUUAAAAAUCGUUCCAUCAGUAUAAGCUCUGCCAAGAAAAAGCUUAAGAAAAAUUCGCCCCUCGUUAAAUUCAGGGAUGCCGAGAAUUCCCGAAGGCUGCAUAGAGAUUUGCCCGGCAAUAUGGCUGUGGAAAGAAAUGACGAGAUCUGCCUUGGUCAGAAAAAAAAAAUUGAUUCUCCCACAAAACAAACUUCGCUUGAAGCAUCGCCAACGUUGCAUACAAAAUUGAACGAAGUUACGAAGAGUGACGAUCCAGCUGCUGCUUCUUCCUCUCUAAGUUUGCAAGAUGUUUCAGAAAUUAUAAAUGAGGAAAUGAACAGGAUUGAGGAAACACGUACUAGUGUGGCUGGAAAACACUUUUCAAAGCAUUCCUGUCCUAUUGAGAAUAGACAUAAGGAGCAUGAUCAAGGCUCCGUGUUCAGACCGCCAACUGAUUCGUUAUCCGAGAUGACAGACAGUAGACCGCAAAAUGUAUUUGAUGCCAAGAAGAAUUUAUAUGCAACAGAUUUGAAAUCAUCUUCUGACACAAACUCUCCUUUGAUAUCGAGUCCGAGUAAAAUUCAAGUUGCCGAGGAUAAUGGCAGUGAGGAAAGCGCGUCAUUAUUGCAUAGUUUCAAUCAAAGAGGAAAAAGCUUCUCUUCAUCAACGAAUGCGAAAGCGACACUCAAUCUUCAUAUUGGUUCCAAAAUUACUGUGCGGAAGCCAAUAAUUAUCCUGCAUGAUUUCCUGCAUCUGAAAAAUUGUUGUGGUGAACUGGAAAAACAACAUAACAAAAAAUGGCUGAGUAAACAACAUCAGGAUGAAAAUUUGCACACAGUUGAGAAAGACAUUAAUGAGAAAAAUGUGUUGCAGGAGAAUUCAGUUCAAGAAGAUAAUUUAAACUUCAAAUUUACGCAAUCAUUGAACCAUAAGAUAACUAAGACGAACGAAUCAAGGUUGAAUCCAAAAUUGACAUCCUUUAAGAGAGAUAAUGAAAUUAUUUCAGCGAAGAGUCCAGAUUUAGUUACCGAAAAUCUUCGUUUGUCAGACAAAAAACUAUCACCUCCGAAAACUCAUGAGCCAAUUGAAGAUACUCAUUAUGCUUCUACUACUGCAAUCAUUUGCCGUCCGGGAGCAGAAACGGGUAUGCAAUUAUCAAAGGAUGGAGAGGCAAUGGUUAAAAAGACCAGUAGAAAUUGUAAUUCACAAGAUUCAAUAUUUCAUCUUACAUCUUCAGACGAGGAAGAUAUUUUAGAGAAGUUGACGCGUCGAUUAAAAUCACGCUCAUCCAGAAAAACAAGAACUGUGCAAGAAGCUGGAGAAACAGAAUUUAUCGAUCAAAACAAUACAGUUCAAACUCCAAAGAAAUUUCAAGGCCCAGAGCUCCAUUGUGCACGUUAUAAAAUAGUCUCUAGCAGUUCAGAAGAUGAAGAAAAAAUCAUCAAUAGGAGAGGUUUGAAACACAAGAACAUUCCUAGUUCCAGAAUAUUUAUGGAGCCACGCUCCAAGAAGAAUAAGGGGAAAAAUUCUCAAAAAUGUAAACAAACAUCGUCUUGGGUACAAGAUGAAUGUGUGGAUAAGUCAGAUAGCGUUCGAAGUGAUGAUCAAAAAUUAGAUCGCCAAUCUUUGGAUGCACACAAACAUUUUGGAAUGAAGAAAGGUAAUCCAGCCAAUAAUGAAAUACAAAAUUAUAACGAUUCGGAUGGGAGAAUGAAAGAAAAUAGCCCUAAGACCAAGCUAACGAUUUCUCAUAAGACUGACAACUCCAGGACAACAGUACUGAUAACACAUACCAAAAAAAAAUUUUCACAAAAAAAAUCUGAGCACUCUAUGACACCCGUUGAUUGUGCUUUGAAUGAGAGAUCAAAACUACAUAAGACUAUCCCAAAAUCAAAUGUAUCGUCCGAAGAUGAGAGAAAACUAAAUACAGGAGAGCAUCGGAAUGCGGUCGGACUGGCGAAGAAGAAGAAGUUGGCUAACACCCGAAUGAAGAAGAAGAGAAAAUCGGAUUCUAAAAUUGACGACGAAACAACUGCUGAUUUUGUCAGGACUGAAGCAGAGCUCGAACUGGGAAGGGUACCAAGUUACAAAAAUAGGAAAAAAAGUUUUUGCGAGAUGCAUGAGGUAGACGAGGUGAUCGGUGCAAACUUGGCAACUUCCUCUGGUGGCAAAAGAUUUCUCAUAGUUUCUAGUGACGAGUCAUUUGAAAAUGAUGAUCCGACGAUUUCUCGCUUGACGAAUUGCGCUGGUACGAAUUCUCAGGGGGAAAAAAAUGGGAAGAAUGAUGAGAGUUACAAUUUAAAUUCAUUAAACGGUUCUAUGAGUCCUACAAAGCAGGGACUUAAAUAUAAAAACGACACGCGUUCGUCGUUGAAAAAAAUCUCUGUAAAUAGACAAAAAAAUUCAAAGAUUAUUUUCUGCACGAAAGAAUACUGGGAAUCAGAUUCUGAUUAUUAGUAAUUUAUUUUGAAACCACGUACAUGAGUUACAUUAAUGUUUAAUAAAAGAAAGCUUUUAGUGGUGAUUAUUUCUACAUAAAGU